CGAGCACCCCUCUUUUAUACAAAACACCGUCAGCCGAAACCUACUCUUCCCUAUCCGCUCUGCAUCUCCAAAAACCCCCAAGAAGCGAAGAUGCAGAUCUUCGUGAAGACCUUGACGGGAAAGACAAUAACCCUCGAGGUUGAGUCAUCAGACACAAUCGACAAUGUCAAAGCCAAGAUUCAGGACAAGGAGGGCAUCCCUCCAGACCAACAGCGUCUCAUUUUCGCUGGGAAACAACUCGAGGACGGUCGCACCCUCGCUGACUACAACAUCCAGAAGGAGUCCACUCUCCACUUGGUGCUUCGCCUGAGGGGUGGAGCCAAGAAGAGAAAGAAGAAGACCUACACCAAGCCCAAGAAGAUCAAGCACAAGAAGAAGAAGGUCAAGCUCGCUGUGCUCCAGUUCUAUAAGGUUGAUGAUAGCGGCAAAGUCCAGAGGUUGAGGAAGGAGUGCCCUAAUGCUGAGUGCGGUGCUGGGACUUUCAUGGCUAAUCAUUUUGAUAGGCACUACUGUGGUAAGUGUGGGCUUACCUAUGUUUACCAGACGGCUGGUGGUGAUUAAGCUCAUUUGAAUGGCUUUUUUUUCUAAGUAUGGAACAAGGAUUAUCUUCAUUUAGAACAUGGUUGCUGCUGAACUUAUAGUUAUGUUUUAUUUGCAUGGCUAAUUUUGAGUUUAAUUAUAUUUUUGUUUUA